ACUUCCGCGAUAGACGCCAUGUCCAUGUCUGUGUUUGUGUAUGCGGCAAGAAAAUUGGUAGUCUGAAAAAUAAGAACCAAUCCCGAGGAGAAUCUGUGUUUCAAAGGAAAAACAGGAAGAAUACCGACUCAAGAUGGCCCUGCAGACCUACGGGGACAAGCCGGUGGCCUUCCAGCUGGAGGAGGGCGGCGAGUACUACUACGUGGGCUCUGAGGUGGGCAACUACAUGCGGCACUUCCGCGGCAUCCUCUACAAGAAGUACCCGGGAAUGACGAGAAUCGUUCUGUCCAAUGAGGAACGCAAGCGGCUGGCCGAUUCCGGCCUUAGCUCCCACAUCCUGGCCAGUUCUGUUUCACUGCUUCGCGCCGUGGAGGUAGACGACAUUAUGGCCGGCAACGAUGAAAAGUACCGCGCCGUUUCGGUAAACACUUCGGACACGCCUGUGCCGCGGGAGAGCAAAUCAAAGAAGCAGCCGCAGUAUGUGCCCACGAUGCCCAACUCCAGCCACCUGGACGCAGUGCCACAGGCCACGCCUAUUAACCGUAACCGAGUGCACACGAAAAAGGUGCGCACGUUUCCUAUGUGCUUUGAUGACACAGAUCCCACAGCGAGCCUGGAGAAUGCGGCGCAGAAGGAGUGCCUCGUGCCCAUUCGGUUGGACAUGGAGCUGGAGGGGCAAAAGCUGCGCGACACCUUCACCUGGAACAAGAACGAGAGCAUGAUCACCCCGGAACAGUUCGCGGAGGUGCUCUGCGAUGACCUAGACCUUAAUCCGAUACCCUUCGUACCGGCUAUAGCUCAGGCCAUCCGCCAGCAAAUCGAGGCGUUCCCAAAUGACCCGCCUAUUCUCGAGGAGAGCUGUGACCAACGUGUCAUCGUCAAACUAAACAUUCACGUGGGCAAUACCUCACUUGUCGACCAGGUCGAGUGGGACAUGUCCGAGAAGAACAACAAUCCUGAGGAGUUCGCAAUCAAGCUGUGUGCAGAGCUUGGGCUGGGAGGUGAAUUUGUGACAGCCAUUGCCUACAGCAUCCGGGGCCAGCUCUCCUGGCACUGUCGCACGUAUGCGUUCAGCGAGGCCCCGCUCUCCACCAUCGAUGUACCGUUCCGAAAUCCCAGCGAUGCCGACGCGUGGGCCCCAUUCCUAGAGACGCUUACCGACGCCGAGAUGGAGAAGAAAAUCCGCGAUCAGGACCGCAACACACGACGAAUGCGACGACUGGCCAACACCACGACUGGAUGGUGAUCUUCAAGCGAUCGACCAGCAACGUCGUUAUAGUAAUCCUCCUAAUAAGUACCAUUAAUCAUCUCAAAUACAUGUGUGUCUGUCGAUU